GUACGAGCCUAUGAUAAUUGGGGUCUGGGUGGGUGAUGAUGAUGCACUUACACUUGGAUUGGAUGACUCGUCCAUAGAUCUCUGUAAAGCAUGACACGGAACAAAAUAACCGGCCCCUCCCCCCCCCCCCCCCCCCCCCCCCAUCUCUCUUUUAUCUCAUUCCCCUAACCUAAUCUGCUCCCCUUAGGAAAGGGAUACAAGAAAGAUUCUUUCUUUUUUAUGUUCUUGGUUCAAAGUUCAAACGACUUUUCUCUCUUCAGUGUACGAAUAUGUGCAGAGACUCACAUAUAUAUAUAUUUAUAUAUAAAGAUUAUAAGUAUCAUUAAUUGCAUUUGCUGUAGUGCUGCCAAAUUGUUCAAAGAAAGAAGCAACGUCGUCUCUCUCGUCUGGUUAGGGUGUGGGGUAUGGAACUGGAAAGCCUUUGAUAUCAUCAGUUAAUUAUUGGCGGCCCAAGUGUUCCGUUCCGUUCCGAUCGAAUGGCGCCUCCUGACUCGAACCUCGGGGACGAACCCGAAAACGGCUCAUCUCUUCAGUCCAUCCUCUACAAACGCGGCUCGCUUCAGUUACUCGAUCAGAGAAAGCUGCCUCUUGAGACCAUCUAUAUGGAAAUUCGAGAUUCAGCGGACGGAUGGCAUGCAAUUAGAGAUAUGGUGGUUCGUGGAGCACCUGCAAUUGCUGUAGCUGGUGCCCUUUCUCUAGCAGUGGAAUUGUUCAACUUGGGAACUUUUAACGGGUUAGCUGAAGAUGCAGCAGCUUUUGUUGCCAAUAAAUUGGAAUAUCUUGUCUCAAGCCGACCGACUGCUGUAAAUCUUUCAGAUGCUGCAACAAAACUUAACGAAAUCAUAUCAAAGGCAGUUGCCACUUCUUCAGAAGCCUCAGCUGUUUUCCAGGCUUACAUUGAAGCUGCUGAACUAAUGCUUAAGGAUGAUGUUGCUUCAAAUAAAGCAAUUGGAAGUUAUGGUGCUGGUAUACUUCAGCAACAGCUGAAAGACUCUAAGAAGCUGUCUAUUCUGACCCACUGCAACACUGGCAGUCUUGCGACAGCUGGAUAUGGUACCGCUUUAGGAGUCAUCCGUGCAGUGUAUGCCAAAGGAGUUCUUGAGAGGGCAUAUUGUACAGAAACACGUCCAUUCAAUCAGGGAUCCAGACUGACAGCUUUCGAGUUGGUACAUGAUAAUAUACCUGCCACUCUGAUCACAGAUUCAGCUGCUGCUGCACUUAUGAGAGCUGGCCGGGUGAACGCCGUCAUUGUUGGAGCUGAUCGUGUGGCUGCAAAUGGUGAUACUGCUAAUAAGAUUGGAACAUACAGCCUUGCUGUGUGUGCAAUUCAUCAUGGGAUUCCGUUUUAUGUUGCUGCUCCUCUAACAUCAAUUGACUUGUCGAUUUCUUGUGGGCAAGAAAUUGUUAUCGAAGAAAGGUCGGCGAGGGAAUUGUUGAAUGCACGGGGAGGACUUGGAGAACAAGUUGCUGCUUCUGGAAUCUCUGUUUGGAACCCAGCAUUUGACGUUACCCCGGCUUAUAUGAUUAGUGGUAUCAUUACAGAAAAGGGUGUGAUCGCGAGGAGUGAGAGUGACACAUUUGACAUAAGCAGUUUUGUGCAAAAGGCAACAACCAACUAAUAACAGGAGAGGCAUCUAUCUCUCCCCCCUUGGAAAAGUGUUCUGCCUCUGCCAUGCCUGCUCACUAUGCAUGUAUUGGCCUGUAAUAAUUAAUAUUCUGAAUUUAGUUAGUGGUCCGAGUGUAAGGCUUCGAACAGUAUCUUUUUUUUUUUUUUUUUAUUAAUUUGCUUUCUUUUUUUCAUUUCGAAGGCUGUACUUAUGAUAUCUAAGCAGACUUGUGAAUGAAUGAGAGCCGUUGGGUGUUGGCAUGGUAUGUAUGGUGGAGGUCCUCCCCCAACAUUCAAGAUAAUGGAACACUUGUUGAGCUAGGA